GGAUAUCGAGACCUCCUUUUCAUCGCGACGAAGCAAAAGGUGUAAUGGCGGUAGCCUCUGCAGCAACCUCGCGUCUACUGUGGCGUGCCAACUCCAACAGCAACACUGCAUUGCCUUUCGAGUGCCAGGUUUGAUGUGCUUGACAUCCGAUGUCAAGAUUGCCUCAGCCACACCACUUGAGUUUCGAGGAGUUUGGAUGCUUCCAUAUCAAAACUGAACAAUGUCCGUUCUUCACGAGUUUGAGAGACCUGCAAACAACUCUCACCCCGGCAACGCUACAAAACUUGGACGAUGCCAGACAUCUCCAAUUUUGAUAUGUCUUUUCUUCUCAUCUAGGUCUUAACUCGCAUGCCAUGUUAGUUACAUCUGCCAUCGCGUUGCUGCCCGCAGCUUCACCUACACCGUCAACGGCAACGGCAACGUCAACCUUGCCGGGCAGCCACCAUGACGCCGCUCUGAAGCCCCGUCAGACAGAUUUUUGGCGGCCAGGAGACUUUUGGCCAGAAGAUUUCCCCCCUGAUCGUUGGCCAGCACAAGACAUUGGACAAGGCUGGGGCGCAGUAUCUAGGCCAUGUCAUGCCAACCAAUUCUAUUCCUGCGCUGGUCCCUACAUGCGCGGGGAUCAAACUUGCCAACACAACACCGUCGUCAAUACCUGGGGAAUGACGGCGGGUACCUGGGGUUGCUUCUGCGAGCAUGCGAAGAAGUUCUUCAAGUGCAUGUCUCAAGCCGAGAAUGACGACCCCAAUUGUUGGAAUGAUGGAUAUGGCGGCGACGGUUGGCAACUGGAUUGGUACCAUAACUGGUGUGGAGACACCCCUCCGCCGUCCGUGAUGGCUGAGAUGUCACAGCCGUAGACAAACCGUUAACGUAGGCUUCACCACGCCUGAUGUUGUAUAUGCAAUCAGUCAGGAUCACCCACUCGUUACUCUCGAUGACCCG